AUGUCCUCGCCAGCCAUGGCAUCGAUGAUGCCCUCACCGGGUCCGUCGAAUGCUUCGCUCGCCGCACACAGGAGCUUUUCGCAGAGACCCAUUGCCUCCCCCUCGGCCUCGAUUGCGCCCUCGUCACUCAAGCCUGCUCCUGUCAAGGCUUCAUCAUCGCGGUUAGCGCCAGCGCCUUCUUCGACACUCGCCCCAGCCCCUGUCCAGCCUCUCGUAGCUGUCAAAUCUGCCUCAUCCUCCGUUCCUUCAGCAGCUCUCGCAUCGUCCGCGUCUGUCACGCCCUCAGUCCCCAAGAAGGAUGCCAGCGGCGGCCCUCUCGUCCAGCCAUCCAAGGAAUGGGUCCUUCCAGCUCGCGCCAAACCCGGUCGCAAGCCAUCCGAGACCGAGCCGCUCACCAAACGCAAAGCGCAGAACCGCGCCUCUCAGCGUGCAUUCCGAGAACGCAAACAAUCCUACCUCUCCGAAUUGGAGGCCAAAGUUGCCGCAUACGAGGCAGCUGAGAUCGAUCGCAGCGUCGAGAUCCAGAAAGUCGCUCAGAAGCUGCGCGCCGAGAACGAGGCCUUGCGCAAAGAAGCGGCAGGCUGGAAGGACAAGUUCGUCAAGAUCGAAAAGUAUCUGCUGCAAGCAAAGGCGAAUGGCGGAAGACUGCCGGGAGUGACGCCGAGUGUCAAGUCCGGCCCUGGAUGCAAAGCGCCCGCACACGAAAGGGCAGCAGCGGUGCCCAAAAGAGGCGUGCUCGUUGCGCCGGGGACUAAGAGCGAGCGGGAUCGCGAGAGGAGCGCUGGUAGCGUGCGAUUCGCGGAUGUCUCGACUCAGCAGAGUGAGACUUCGGCUCGCUCGUCGGUUGAGGAUCAGCCUGCCGCAGCAGUGCCUCUCCGACGCAAACCCGCAUCUGUUCCAGCUGUUGUCUUCCCGGUGGAUGCCGCGAGUCCGUCCACGGCGACGAGCGUAUCGAUGGAGGUCGACGACGCUCAGACGCCAGCUGUGUCGUCCAGCCUGAUCGCUCCCCGCAAGGGUCCCAAACCGCCUCUCUGGUCUUUCGAAACCACGAAGCCGACCACUCCACCUGCGACCGGCCCUGCUACUGCAGCAGAGAGCGCGGACAAGGCGGCCUCGCUUCUCUCGCCAUCUCUUCUCUCACAUGCUGGUCAUCUGGACGGCGGAUGUGGCUUUUGCACCGAGGCCUCUCCGUGUGUGUGCGCAGACGACUUCCUCGAUCUCUCCAAGCCAGAACAGCCGUCCCACAUCGCCGUUGCCAGCGACGUGCCCUCUGCAGUCCCGCUUCCGAAGCGUACCACAACUUCGAGCGCAUCAGAGACGUCGAGAAGGAUGAGCAUUGGCUCUCUCACCCAUGCAAAAGAUGUCGCGCUCGAUCAACGCAAGCGAGCACCUGCCAGCGGCAACAAGCUUUGGUACACGGUCGCUCAGCAGGCGUCUCCUCCAAGCGUAAGCACCGCUGCCGUGCCUCUUUCGCUCAGAGGAUCGACGAAGCCCAAGACCAGCAAGAAGCUCUGGAGUGUAAUUGAAGCACCGGCGGAACCAGUCUGCACGGGCGAUCCGAGCACCUGUGGUGCCUGCUCGACCGACCCUGGUCUUGCAGCCUUCUGCGAAGCCGUCACGACCGCCACCACCGCUCCUUCCACCUCGUCUUCGAUCCUCGCCAUCCCAUUGAGCUCGUCUCCAGCACGACCGAUCAUGGCACGGGCUGGCACAACAGGUCAACUUGCCUCAACCUCCCACACAUCGCGCGGUGAAACCAUCCCCUCCGCGUGGCGUCAGAUCCGCUCCCACCCCCGCUUCUCCCAGUGGCAGGGCGGGCUCGACCUUCUCGCCGAAGUCGUCAGCAAGCGAAGUGGCAACUCACCCCUCCUCUCGCAAAAGCGGCCCCGCGAGGCAUCGGUCGAGAUCGAGAGCUCCACCACCUCGAUGCUCGCGACGAGCAACGAUCGCGCCACCGCCAAACCCAGCCUCCUCCACACCACCUCCGACACCAUCGUGUACGCCAGCACCAGUGUCAAGAUCGAAGAUGACGAUGACGAUGCGAGGGAGAGCAAGCGAAGCAGGAUUCUGAUCGAUAGAGAGGCCGUUCAGGAGGCGCUGGCGCUGCUCGAUGCAGGGACGGCAAAGGAACCAAGGGGUAGUGUAGGGUUGGGCAUCAGGGAGGAACAGCCUUGCCCGUGCCCUUGGCGUCCGGGGGAGAAACGCUCGCCUUGA